AUGACAUUUACCAAUUUGCUGAAGGCGUUGGGUUUGCUCAACAAUGGUCCAGCUCCAGAGCAAUGCUACAAUCCAAAUAGUACCAGAGGCACCCCUGCACCUGCUACUUCCAAAGGAUAUAAUCAUCCAGGUUAUUCUACUCCUCCUCCUCUUCCUAAUGUGGUUAAUGGAUAUCCAGUUAAUAAUAAUUACACUCAUAAUCCUGCUCCUACUGCUGCUCCUGCGUACUACUACUAUUAUCCCACACAACCAACCCCAACUAAUCCUUCAGAAUUAAGCCAUGAUAAUGUGACGUCGUUUGUUCCUCAUGGACAUGACGUUAGUGAGGGCUUAAAGCCAGCCAAUGCAUAUGAUAAUAGUUCCUCAAUUGCUGGACCUGACCAACCGGCAAAUUCGAAAAGUAGAAUUAUUACUUGUGCUAAUCCCCAGCUGCCCAAGAAUAAUGGAAAAGUUAACAAGCACAAGAAUAUUGGAGAAAAGAAUGGCAAGAAAAAGAACGGGAAAAAAAAGAGUUCCAGAUCAAGCGGCUAUUCAUUCAAGGUUCAUGGGAAUACUAUUAAUGGAGGCAAAGGCGACAAGGUUGGAGUUUUCGACUUUGGUAACAAGUAUAGUAGAGGCGGCAAGAAGAGAGACGAAGAAGAAACUGACUUUGGUAAUGAAGACGAAAGAAAUUUUAUUGUGUGGUUAUAA